GUCAGAUUGGAUUGUUCUUAUUGGCUAUCCAUGUGACGUUUAAUUUUAUUCUGUUGAUGAUUGGACAGAAAAUUAUGUGUCCGAUUUAAGUGUGUUUGACAUUAAAAGCUUUUGCGCAUAAUUUUGGGCCUUUUUCCUUCGAUUAAAGGUUAUUAAGAAAUUUUUUAACUUAUACGGAAGAAAUGGAAUCGCCUAAGCCGUCCGGUGAUGAAUUCACUGUGUCUUCUAUAAAUCCCAACUCUUCAGCAACAUGUAUACAGCAACCCACAAUGCCCAUUGUAACUGUCUCUUCGACUAUUAUACAACAAGCUACUCUACCAGGAGUGUCUGUUUCAGUUAUUCCAGCUACUGGUAUGCAAGUAACUAUGCCAGGAGUAUCUACAUCAUCUUCUGGUAUACAACAAAUUGCCAUACCAGGAGUAUCUACAUCAUCUUCUGGUAUACAACAAAUUGCCAUACCAGGAGUAUCUACAUCAUCUUCUGGUAUACAACAAAUUGCCAUACCAGGAGUAUCUACAUCAUCUUCUGGUAUACAACAAAUUGCCAUACCAGGAGUAUCUACAUCAUCUACUGGUAUACAACAAAUUGCCAUACCAGGAGUAUCUACAUCUACUGGUAUACAACAAAUUGCCAUACCAGGAGUAUCUGUAUCAACUACUGAUAUGCAGCAAUCUGCUAUAUCAGGCAUAUCUGUUCCAACUUCAGGUCUACAACAAGCUAUUAUAUCUGGGGUACCUACAUCAUCUAGCAAUAUGCAACAAGUAUCUACUGCUGGCUUAUCUUUAGCUGCUACUUGUGGGCAACAAGCUUCUCUAACUGCUAUUCCUGUGACAACCACUAAUAUUCAGAAAACUAUUUUGUCCGAGAUAAAUAAUCAAGUACCUCCAAAGGAGAUUCUAUCUGCCAAACCUUCACUUCUCUCUAUUAGUGGUACUGUGCCUGUAAUUGAAACUUCCCAUAAUUCUGCCAGUGCUGGAUUGAAUGUGAACAUGUUGCCUCCAGAUAAUACUCAAGUGCAUCAGGUUCUCAGUAAGCAACGUCUGCAAGACCUUAUACGAGAAGUGGAUUCUAAUGUCCAAACUGAUGAUGAAACUGACGAGUUACUGUUACAGUUAGCUGAUGAAUUUAUUGAAGAUGUCAUAUCAACAUCUUGUAGUCUAGCGAAGCAUCGCAAGUCUUCCAUUUUAGAAGUAAAGGAUGUUCAGUUUGCUCUAGAAAAAGAUUGGAACAUGUGGAUUCCAGGAUUUGGCUGUGAAGAGCCAAGACCAUACAAAAAAGCUUUCACAACUGAAGCCCACAAGCAGAGGAUGGCCUUGAUUCGAAAAACAUUGAGAAAAUGAAGCAACAAUUUCUGAUUUGUAAAUAUGUGUAUAAUCAAUCUAAAUAAAAUUAUCUG